UUUUUGAAAAAAAUUCUAAAUAAAAUUUGUUCUCACUAUGGACCCUUUAUUUAUGGCAUAUAGCUUCUUUCGUCGUCGGAAAUAUGAACCAUGUGUAGAACUAUGUACCAACUUGCUAGAGAAGAAUCCUUAUGACCAGGCUGCCUGGAGUUUGAAAACCAGAGCUCUGACAGAACAAGUUCUUGUUGAUGAGGUUGAGAAUGAAGAAGAGGGGAUUGCUGAGAUGCUGAUGGAUGAUAAUGCAAUAGCACAGGUGGCACGUCCUGGUACAUCAUUAAAGAAACCAGGAACAAGCUCAAACGGACCUAGUCAGGGUGUCAGACCCAUGUCACAGAGUGGUAGACCAUUGAGUGGGUUUGUACGACCAGGCACCCAGGGGGGCAGACCAGGAACAAUGGACCAGGCCUUGAAAACUCCCAGAACAGCAUCUACAGCUAGACCUGUCACCAGUGCUUCAGGGAGAUAUGUUAGGCUUGGCACUGCGUCAAUGUUAUCCAACCCAGAUGGUCCAUUUAUUAAUCUUGGAAGGCUGAAUUUUGGGAAGUAUGCACAACGUCCAAAUCUAGCCAAAUCUCUAUUUGAGUAUAUCUUACAUCAUGAAAAUGAUGUCAGAAAUGCCUUGGAACUUGCAGCUGCAGCCACUGAGGCAUGUCAGUACAAGGACUGGUGGUGGAAGGUCCAGCUAGGAAAAUGCUACUACAGACUUGGAAUGUACAGAGAGUCAGAAAGGCAGCUAAAAUCUGCCUUGAAGGAGCAGGAUGUUAUAGAUACCUAUCUGUAUUUAUGUAAGAACUACAAGAGACUAGACCAGCCCCUGGCUGCAAUAGAAUACUACAAACAAGGCCUUGAAAAGUUCCCUGGGGAGGUGUCAUUACUACUAGGGAUAGCUAGAAUACAUGAGGCAUUAAAUGACAAUGUAGAAUCUCUGAAGAUGUAUAAAGAAGUCCUUCACCAUGAUAAUAUGAAUGUAGAAGCAAUAGCUAGUAUAGCCACGAAUCACUUCUAUUCAGAUCAGCCUGAGAUAGCACUAAAGUUUUACAGACGGUUGUUACAGAUGGGAGUUUACAAUUCUGAGCUGUUUACAAACCUUGGACUUUGUUGUUUCUAUGCUCAACAAUAUGACAUGACUCUUACAUGCUUUGAACGUGCACUCACCAUGGCAACGGAUGAAAAUGCUGCUGAUAUUUGGUAUAAUGUUGGCCAUGUUGCUCUUGGCAUUGGUGAUAUGAACUUGGCCUACCAGUGCUUUAGACUUGCAAUAAGUGCUUCAAAUGAUCACCCUGAAGCCUACAAUAACCUAGGAGUGUUAGAGCUCAGGAAAGGACAUAUAGAACAAGCAAGAGCUUUCUUCCAGUCUGCCCAGUCAAUGGCCCCACAUAUGUUUGAACCUCACUAUAACUUUGCACAGCUUUCUGAUAAGGUUGGUGAUUUACAAAGCAGCUACAAUGCUGUUAACAAAGCAAAGGAGGCAUUCCCAGACCAUGCAGACUCUAAAGACCUAUUUAAACAGCUUAAACAUCACUUUGCAAUGCUCUGAGCAUCAUGGGAAUUGCCACCUCUUAUUUCCACCUCAUAGAUGUGAAUCUUGGAAUAUAUUCAAAAUGUAUUUUCUGGAUGAAUUAUUGGAGGUUCAGGAGAUAUAAUGCCCAGUCACUAUAGUACAUUAUAGGACGCAUUAUUGCAUCAUAUCUUCACACGUUCGGUCUUCACUGUGACUGAAGGGGAGCUGAGCGAACAAAGAUGAUCACAUCAGUCAGUCCCUACAUAUGUACAUAAAAUGCCCACUAUUUACCAUUUUGGUGUAAAAAGGUGUAGACAGUGUUAAGAGUUGACCUCUAUGUUCUGCAUAUUGGAGAUGUACCAUUU